UAUGAAUAAAUAACGCAAGACUUAAUUGGAAGAGUUAUAAGAGAAAGAGAGUAGUUUUGGUCGAGUUUUCAAAGUAGCUGGUCCAUGUAAAUGUGUUUGUUUAAUAUAAUAGUGGUGGUUGCAGAAAAGAUGGCUGGUGCUAAAAUGUUUGAGUUAGUAAAAGUUGGUUGGGAUAAGCUUGUUGGUGAGAUCAUUAAGUUAGAAGGAGAUAAUGCAUCAAUUCAAUGUUAUGAAGAUACAUGUACUGAAAUUAUAAUUAUAUGAUUAGCUGGUUUGACAGUAGGUGAUCCUGUGAUGAGAACAAAGUCUCCUCUUUCAGUAGAAUUAGGACCAGGUAUAUAUAGAUAUUAAUUAAUUUAGGUAUUUUAACAUAAAUUUUCGAUGGAAUUUAAAGACCUUUAUAAGUAAUUGCAGAGUAAUCAGCAUCAAUAUUUGUACCAAGAGGUGUAGAUAUUCCAGCGUUAGAUUAAGAUAGAAUUUGGGAAUUCAAACCAUUGUCAACAAUAAAAGUAGGUUCAAUGAUAUCUGGAGGUGAUAUCUAUGGGUCAGUGUUUGAAAAUAAUUUAUUUGAUGAACAUAAGAUUUUAACAGCACCUAAAGUAUAAGGAAGAGUUACUUAUAUUGCACCAGAAGGAAAUUAUACAUUAAAAGAUAAAGUUUUAGAAGUAGAAUUGGAUGGAAAGAGACAUUAGUAUGGAAUGAGUCAUUUUUGGCCAGUUAGAUAACCUAGACCUAUAAUAGAAAAAUUAUAAGGUAAUACACCAUUGCUUACUGGAUAAAGAGUACUUGAUGCACUUUAUCCAUCAGUAUUAGGAGGUACUUGUUGUAUUCCAGGAGCAUUUGGAUGUGGCAAAACAUGUAUUUCAUAAGCAUUGUCAAAAUAUUCAAAUUCUGAAUGCAUUAUUUAUGUUGGAUGUGGAGAAAGAGGAAACGAAAUGGCUGAAGUACUUAGUGAAUUUCCAGAAUUGACAAUUUAAAUGAAAGGUAAAGAAGAGAAUAUUAUGUAACGUACUUGUUUGGUUGCAAAUACAUCAAAUAUGCCUGUGGCUGCAAGAGAAGCAUCUAUUUAUACAGGAAUUACAUUAGCUGAAUAUUUUAGAGAUAUGGGUUUUAAUGUAUCUAUGAUGGCUGAUUCAACAUCUAGAUGGGCAGAAGCUUUAAGAGAAAUAUCUGGUAGAUUAGCAGAAAUGCCUGCUGAUUAAGGUUAUCCUGCAUAUUUAGCAUCAAAAUUAGCAUAAUUUUAUGAAAGAGCAGGAAGAGUUAGAUGUAGAGGUUCACCUGAUAGAGAAGGAUCUAUUACUAUUGUCGGUGCUGUUUCACCACCAGGAGGAGUAAUUUAUUAUUUAUUAUUAUUUAUUAGGAUUUUACAGAUCCUGUUACUACUGCAACCCUUACUAUUGUUUAAGUCUUUUGGGGGUUAGAUAAGAAAUUAGCUUAAAGAAAACAUUUCCCAUCUGUUAAUUGGACUAUUUCUAAUUCUAAUUAUGAAAAAAUACUAGAACCAUAUUUCAAUGCUUUUGAUCCAGAAUUUUCACAUCUAAGAGUCAUGUUCAAAUAAAUAUUACAUGAAGAAUCUGAAUUAAAUGAAAUUGUACAACUUGUAGGAAGAGAUUCUCUUUCUGAAGAUUAAAAAUUAUCUCUAGAAGUAUAUACUCUCUAUAUACUACUUCCUAGAUUGCCAAAAUUAUUAGAGAAGAUUUCUUAUAGUAAGAUGCCUUUAGUAAAUAUGAUUACAAUUGUCCACUUUACAAAACUAUUGGUAUGAUGAGAUGCAUUGUUUCCUUCUUUGAAUGUGGUAAAAAAGCCAUUCUUGAAUCUUCUGGAGAUGCCAAAAUUACUUGGAAUAUUAUCUUAAAUCAAACUAAACCACAAUUUGUCAAAUUAUCAUAAAUGAAAUUUGAAGUAUUUUUCUAUUUUAUUUACUUUAGGAUCCUAAAUAACCUAAAUAAGAAUUAAUGAAUUAUUUCACUAAAUUUGUUGAUGAAAUUAAAUCAGCUUUUAGAAAUUUAACAGAUAAAUGAGUAUUAUUACAAUUACAUAAACAUAACGAUCAUGUUAUUAUAUUCAC